AUGGGAUCCUUAAAGUUCCUCAAGAAGAUACGGGAUAAGCUCGACAAUUAUAUUGAGGACAGAGAACAAGCUCGAGAGCGUCGGUCUUCAUUCAACCAACCACAUCCUCGCAGCUGGAGUCCAGACCCUAACGAGGGAGAACGGAAACGCAGGAAAUCCUACGACGAGAGUAGUCGAAGACCCAUCCACACGCAUCUUAAUAGCCACAAAAUAGUAAUGGCCGAGAAGCUAGCUCGGAAGAUCAGCAAUGGCGAAGGACCAAAUCGAGGUCGAAAAUCGGAAGGUAACCUGCCGAGUCCUCGUCAAUCCCGAGAUGUUGCCAUCACUCCCGGAGGUGGUGGCAGGGAAAGGUCUCCAAGAAGAUCAGAUAGUGUGCUUGUUCGUAAGAGACAAGAAAACCAGAGGGGAACGAAUCAUCUGAGAGAAGACAGGCCUCGGGCGUCGAAUGAACAAGUGAACCGACCUCGAGAGAAGUUUCCACCUGUGCCACCGAUUCCCCCACAGUGGACCAAGGAAGCUCGGAACAACACAUCGCUAUCGUCACGAGCUGAAAAUCAGUUAGGGCAACGAGGGAACCUGCAAACCGAGGAAUAUGAAAGGUUGCAGCGAGAGUCUAUGGCAAAGAAAGUCCAGAAGCAGCCAACCGUAGAUUGGGAUGCGAUGUUAAGAGAGAAGAACGAACAAGUAAGACUGGCUGCUGAAACAAAAAGGCGAGAAGAAGAGCAAAAAUGGAAGAGUGCUGAACAAAGACGGCGAGCUGAAGAGCAGGCAGUGGCUGCUCCUCGCAAGUUGGAGGAAGUUCAGCAGAAGAAGAAGCAAGAAGCUGUUCGUCAACGUGAACGAGAGGCAGCCGAGAAAAUUAGACAAGAAGCAAGAGAGAGAGAAGCUAUCCGUCAACUAAAACGGGACAUCCGUCAACGAGCAAUGGAGCAGCAGCACGCUUCCAAAACUAGGGAAACUGAGCGUCAACGCGAACAAGUGAAGACUGAAAAGCGGAGAAAGGCGGAAGAGGCCGAGAAAAAGGUAAAUGCAGACAGAGUCAAGCGUGAGAAUGAGGCGAGGCGACUGCGGGCAUUCGGCCCUCUCCACCAGCGACGACCUGCUUGGCCAAAUUCUCCCGCCAUUGCCGGUUCUGGUCCUCAAGGCAAACCGCUCGAAAGAAAUGGAACCGAUCCAGUCCGACGAAGGCCAACAGGUAACAGUGGUCAACAGCCUAGCAGACAGGAGCCGCGGGUUCCAGUAAGGAGAAACAGUGAGCCCAACACGCCCCAGAGAAAUGACAGCGUUCAAAAUAAGCUUCCAGUGCUCGCUGCAUUGACCGAGGAGAAUUUGCGGGCCCAAGCCGCUGAUUCCGACGAUUCUGAUAUUGAUCCAUUAGGCAGGGGUCUGGGAGACAACAUGAGGACGUUUCUAUGUGGAUUCGCUGUCCCCACUAUACUCCAGUCCGAUCUCACCCCUUCGAUCGAGGACGAAGAGGUCGAAAACAAAGCCAAGAAAAGGAACAAGCCUAAUAAAUAA